UUAAUACAACAGCUAGUAGAGCAGUUCGUUUUCAUGGAGCAAACAGCAAACAGCCCUCUCCACACAAAAGUUGUGUUUUGCUGCUCAUGAUAAACCUUCAGAACCAUGGAUGCAACAACUUCAUCCAUCCAUGAAUCACAUGACCAUAAUAGCACAUGUGAUUUAGAUGUAAAAUCAUACCACUCUUUCCUAGUAGUGGUCUACAGUCUGCUGUUUCUGGUGGGCUUGAGCCUCAACAGCCUCACCUUGUGGUUUCACUGCUGUGGAGCUCAUGGACACGCAUCCAAGAGCUGGAUGAUCUACCUGAAACAUCUGACAGCGGCUGACUUUCUGCUCUGCAUCAGCCUCCCCAUGCGCAUUAUUCACUACGCCAGCAGCUCAUUCAUCAUCCACCUGCUCUACUGCAGCGUUGGAGCCCCACUCCUGUUCCUCAAUAUAGCUGCUAGCAUCCUGUUCAUGGGCUAUAUAGCAGCUAACAGGUACAUGAAGAUAUCUUAUUCCACGGGAACUCACUUUCUGAUGACUGCCAAAGCCAGCCACAUCAUCUCAAUAACCACCUGGGUUGUUCUCCUGAUCAUGACAGCACCUUACGCCAUCCUGAUGCUGAUCAACAAUACACCUCAUCCUUCUGAAUGCAGCAUGUGUGAUCAACUGAUCAGUGAACAUUUAAAACCACUGUACAAAGUGAUUCAUGCUUUUGCUGCCAUCGUCUUCCUGUUGGUACUCUUUUCUCUGGUUUUCUUCUACUACAGCGCCUCCCGCAGGGUGCUGCAGGUACAGCAGACUCAACUGGCCUGCUCCAACUCCAAGAAGCUUGUAAAGUCUCGUAGGAACAUGUUGGUAUUGGUCAGUGUGUUCUGCUUUUGCUUUGUUCCUUAUCACUUUGUUCGAAUUCCUUACAUCAUUCUUUGGGAAAAAUGUUCUGUGGUGCUGUACUACGUCAAGGAAAUCUUCAUUUUACUAUCAGUUUCUAACAUCUGUCUGGAUCCGCUUAUUUACGUCUUUCUUUGUAAGGAGUUCAGGGCUCAGUUUAACCUGAAACAAAUAUUCUGUCCAAAACGGAAGAGAAACACCUGCAGUUUGGAGGCAAGUGUCAGUGGGGAUCAGCUGAAUACCAUCAACACCAUGUCAGAGCUUCAGGGUCAAAGAGGGCAAUAAAACUGGCACUGGUCAGGCAUCAGAGUUCCUUGUUAUUUCUUUUGAAAAUAGCAUAUGCAAUAUGUAUGCAUGUGUGUGUGUAGGUAUUCAGGGUGUAAAUAAGUGACAUAAAGCAUAACUGGAUCAUUUUUGAAUAAGGAGGUUAUUAGCUGAAUCUGUCUGCUUCCCUUUACCUCCAACUUUCAGCUGCUACACAUGGAUUUCCUGCUGUGGGCAAUAAAUGAUUAACUUGUUC